AUGAAAACUGUGCAAGAGAACCCAAGAAAACCCAAGAGAGCCCAAGAGAGCCCAAGAAAACCCAAGAGAGCCCAAGAGAGCCCAAGAGAGCCCAAGAGAAUCCAAGAGAACCCAAGAGAUCCCAAGAGAGCCCUAGAGAACCCAAGAGAGCCAAGAGAGCCCAAGAGAGCCCAAGAGAGCCCAAGAGAGCCCAAGAGAACCCAAGAGAACCCAAGAGAGCCCAAGAGAGUCCAAGAGAGUCCAAGAGAGCCCAAGAGAGCCCAAGAGAACCCAAGAGAACCAAAGAGAGCCCAAGAGAACCCAAGAGAUCCCCAAGAGAGCCCAAUAGAGCCCAAGAGAGGCCAAGAGAGCCCAAGAGAGCCCAAGCCUCUGCAAGAGAGUCUCGGCUCAGGCAAGAUCGCCCAAGACUUACAAUACACAAUGCAAGAUCUUAACCUCUCUCUCUGUGCAAACGAGAUCACAUCCUCGCCGCCGAUAUCGCGGGCGAGAGAAUCUCUAACGAGAUCGUCGAAGUUUACUAUAUCAGGCUUUCCCACACCAGCCUUCCAAACAACAGGCUUCCAAACACCAGGCUUCCAAACACCAGCCUUUCCCACACCAGCUUUCCAAACACCAGCCUUCCAAAUACCAGCCUUCCAAACACCAGCCUUCCAAAUACCAGCCUUCCAAAUACCAGCUUUCCAAACACCAGCCUUCCAAAUACCAGCUUUCCAAACACCAGCCUUCCAAAUACCAGCCUUCCAAACACCAGGCUUCCAAACACCAGCCUUCCAAACACCAGCCUUCCAAACACCAGGCUUCCAAACACCAGCCUUCCAAACACCAGCCUUCCAAACACCAGGCUUCCAAACACCAGCCUUCCAAACACCAGCCUUCCAAACACCAGGCUUCCAAACACCAGCCUUCCAAACACCAGGCUUCCAAACACCAGCCUUCCUAACACCAGCCUUCCAAACACCAGCCUUCCAAACACCAGCCUUCCAAACACCAGCCUUCCAAACACCAGGCUUCCAAACACCAGGCUUCCAAACACCAGCCUUCCUAACACCAGACUUCCAAACACCAGGCUUCCAAACACCAGCCUUCCUAACACCAGCCUUCCAAACACCAGCCUUCCGUACACCAGCCUUUCCCACACCAGCCUUAGCCACCCCCUGGCACUUACUAGCAGACUUAUACUCCUCUCCACCCAAUGAUGUAUCUGAUACAGAUAUUCAUAAUUUUUGUCAUACGUGCUUCAGGCUCGUAGAUUAA